AUGUCUCUAGAUGUCAAUACAAACGAAGAGUUGCUAGACUUCACGCCAUCAUUCCGCAUCGCGAACCCUGUCUUUUACUUCCACCACAUCGUGAACCCCGACGAAGCGACGCUGACUGUCGAGGUCCUGGGCCCCAAUCUGGGCUUCACCUUUGGCCACAAGAGGGCGAAGGAGAUAGCAAGCCGCGCUCACAUCAACAACAUCCUCACGAAUAAGACAACCGGUUUCCUCACCCUAGUGGGGAGCCAGCAAAGGAUGAUCCUCGCUUGGUCCGAGAGCGGCCACGGAUGCGGGAAGAUGGGAGACAUUCUGGACGCCCCAAGCGAAGGGCACGAAGGUGCUGCUCUCCCUAAUGUCAUAUGGACCCGGAGAGGGAUACACCUUGCAAAACUCUUGGGUUUAGCCUUCGCCUCGCCCUUCGACAAUCCAGGAGCGCGCACCAUGACCGUGCAGGAGAGGCUCGCUCGGAGGGGCGUCUACCAGGGGGGCCAUGUCGAGGUCAAGCUGGCGACGUAUGCAAUCUUUGCCAUGCUGGAGUUCUUCGGCAUCACCGACGACCUGAACAAUGUGACCAGACGCCACCUGGAACAGCUGAAGACUGCGUCUUGUACGGAUAGGAGCCGGCCGCGAUUCGAGAUUUACUUUUCGCGCAAGAACUGUGCACGCUGCGGGCUGUUUGCCCAGGCCCUCGAAGAGAUCACUGGUAUCUCCAUGAAACUGUGUUGGAAGGAAAGACUGGCCCAAAAAGAAUAUCCGAAGAGGAAGAAGCGGCCUUACUCUCUAUUUCAGAGGCGGGCUGCAGUGACGGAACCAGAAUCAACCACUGUCGACGAACAAAUGGUCAUAGAUGUGGAUGAAGACCCCGACAUCGAGGUUGACGAUGAUGGCUGCGUGGAAGAAGAUGAAGACGAGAUAAUGACUAUCGAUCUCACGCUUGAUCCAUCUGCCAUCGACCUGACUGGGGGAGAUGAUUGCGAACCCAUGCCUACGGUCGACCUGACGGCAGACCCGGCCGUGGCAACCCCGGAGCCGCCUGCUGAUAACAACGACAAUAGAGUGGAUGACUAUGUGAGCGGCCUGGCAUACUGUGUAGGCCAGUUCGGCGAGGCAGCCACUCCAGCGCGGACCGCAAUUGUAGACCUCGCUCGACUAAUGAAAGCCCACCGGGGGGCUCCAGCAACGGCCAGCGUCAGAAAGCCCCUGCCUGCCACAGAGGUAACUGAGGAACCCGAGUUUCUCCUCGGGCAGCCUGUCUCGUCGAUAGAGAGAAUACUAGGCUCAAGACCGGUCCGGGCUCCUCACUCUACACCAAUUUUGAAGCGAACAUCGGUUCAGCCCAUCAGCCCACCCUUAACCCCACAAUCCCCCGAGAUGCCUCUGGAUCAAGCUUUGUCAGAAGAUGGAUCUUCUUCUAACGGGAGUAUUCCAUCGAGUCUUUCUCUGCGAACACCCCCACCAUCCCAGCAAAAGGAAUGGAGAGCGGGGCAUCAGGAUGCUGUCAUUGAAACGCCAACAAGAGCUCCCCGGGGCACACUUCCCUUUGUCACGUAUUAUUCUAAAGCUACCGAGGACACAAUCAUUCAGGAGGAUGAGGAGAUGACAACCGGAUGGCUAGAUGCUCCAUCGCCAUUCUAA